CGUCUAAAAAUAUUGCAACGUGAUUUUAGAAUUUGUCAAAACAACAAUACAUUUACCUCAAUUUUAUGGCUACAACAAUAGUAGGGAAUACAAUAUAAAUGAGUUCUUAAAUGUAUCUAGUGUAUCUUUUUGAUUAGAUACAGUACCACGGUUUAAUUCGAUAAUCUUCAUACAGGUGUAAGAUUUGUUUUUUGAUACUUUGUAAACUUAAAUACUUCUUAAAAAAUGAAUUAGAUUUUUCAUAGUAGUUUAUUUAUACAUAUUUUUGUGACGUACAAGUAAAUGAUAUGAAUAUUGUAAUUUUAACCUUUUAUAAUCAUGGUUAACGAUUUAAAACGGGAGUUGUCCUUUUCUGUCUGGUAUCCACGAUUUACAAAAGAUUCCUUAGAAGCUGUUGUGCUUCCAAUUCCUGACAAUGUUCUUAAAUAUUUGGAGCAUGAUGCUUUUGUUUUGCCUCUUGAGGCAGCGAAAAGCGUUCCAUAUAGUUCAGAAUGGUCGGAUGGUUCACCUGUGAAUCAGGAGUCUGCCGAGGAUUCAGAAUGUCAACCCACAUUUCCUGACUUCAGUAAACAGAUACAAGAAGUUCUUGAUAAAUUUGGAGCAGUUUUCAUAAAGUGUAAUUGGAGUACACCUUCGGAUGCAACUUGGGUAGCACCAACAAAAACAUUGAAAUGUACAACUUUGGAAGAAGUGUAUUUACUUCUGAAAAGUUCAGAUAGAAUUUCAGGAGAUCUGACAGGAAUUAUGAAAUCAAAUGAUAAUAGACAUUGUUUGGAGCCUUGCUUGGUACUGAAACGGUGGAGAGAUAUUAAUCCUUGUACAGAGUUUCGUUGCUUCGUUGUUAAAAAUGAACUAAUUGGUAUUUCCCAACGUGAUCUGUCUCAGUGCUACAGUUAUAUAGAGGCAGAAAAAUAUGGCAUACAACAGGACAUCAAAAGCAUAUUUAUGGAGCGUAUUAAGCAUCGAUUCAAUGCAGAAAAUUAUGUAAUUGACGUGAUACGAUAUAAAAAGGACAAAGUAAAAAUAAUUGAUUUUGGACCACUUGAUGAAUCUGUUACAAAGGGAACAUUGUUUACUUAUGAAGAACUAAACUCUGAACUGAGAGAAACUCCAGAAUUUAGAUUUAUUGCUGAAGAUAUGGGUAUUCAACCAAAUGCAACUCGUCAUUUUUGUGUACCUCAAGAAAUAAAUGAAUUUUUACAAUCAGCUGGUAAUAUGUCGAUGAUGGACAUAAUACAAGAGGAAGUAAACAGCCAGCAUCAAAGUGAUAACGACGACAACUUUUGAUAUGUUAAUAAAUGUUAAAGAGACA